GAGCACAUAGACCCCAUCCACCCCUUUCUUUCUCUCUGCAGCUGAGCGGAAGCUCGGCUGUGCGAUUUCCUAACAAGUGAUCGGCCCAGAUCGGAAACUACGCAUCGUGUGCUUUCGUCAACAAUGAGUAAGACAGGGCAACGUGCCGCCAAGCGCGUCUAGGUUUCUUUAAAACACACCCCGAUAGGAAGGCGGACUUAAUUUUGAAGAUACAUAAGAGGUGUAGACACGAGGUUUAUUAUAAACUGGAUACACAGAGGCUGGCACAAACCAACAAAGCGAUUCACACAGUGCCGAGAAGUGUCUCAACUGCCUGCGCAUAGACUCUCCCUUAACAGAAUCCAUUAGGGGUUUUCCUGCUGACUGCUUGCACACAGGCGUGCGCAUAAAGAAUUAAGACUCCCGCUGUCCUUUCUGUGAACAUCAAACAGAAGAGAUCAGGAUGCAGCAUCUGGAUGAUGACAAGCCCAAGAAGAAGUUGACGCCUUACCUUCUCUACUGCGUUUCAACAGCAGUCAUCGGCUCCCUACAAUUUGGCUACAACACCGGCGUCAUCAAUGCACCCGAGCAGAAACUGCGGACAUUUUUCUCUAAUGUGUCUCAGAGCCGAUACGGGGAGCCUUUUCAGUCACAGACAAUUACUCUGGUCUGGAGUUUUGCUGUGGCCAUCUUUAGCGUGGGAGGCAUGAUCGGGUCCUUCUCUGUUGGAGCAGUGGUUAACAAAUUUGGCAGGCGAAAGUCCAUGCUGAUGAACAACAUCCUGGCUCUACUGGGUGGCGGUAUGAUGGGACUGGCGACUCUGAGUCAAUCUUUUGAGAUGGUCAUAAUUGGCCGGUUCAUCAUCGGCGUGUUCUGCGGUCUAUGCACGGGUCUGACGCCCAUGUACGUGGGCGAGAUCUCUCCCACCGCUGUCCGCGGAGCCUUCGGCACGCUGCACCAGCUGGGUGUAGUUAUUGGCAUCCUGGUGGCACAGAUCUUUGGUCUGGAGUUUUUGCUGGGCUCAGACACUCUGUGGCCUCUCCUGCUCGCUCUGACUAUCCUGCCUGCUGUACUGCAGACAAUCAUGCUGCCCUUUUGCCCUGAAAGCCCUCGCUACCUCUUCAUUGUUCUCAAACAAGAGGAGGAGGCUAGAAAAGCUCUGGUGCGUCUGCGUGGCACUGAAGACGUGGAUGAUGACAUUCAAGAGAUGAAGGAAGAAGGGAUGAAGAUGGCCAUGGAAAAGAAAGUGACCAUCUUAGAACUGUUCCGCUCGCCAAACUAUCGCCAGCCAAUCAUUAUCGCUAUUAUCCUGCAGCUCUCCCAGCAGCUGUCUGGCAUCAACGCUGUCUUUUACUACUCCACAGGCAUCUUUAGUAACGCUGGUGUAUCAGAGCCCAUCUACGCCACCAUCGGCGCUGGAGUCGUCAACACAGUGUUUACUGUUGUCUCUCUCUUCCUGGUUGAACGGGCGGGACGCAGGACGUUACACCUGAUUGGACUGGCUGGAAUGGCCAUCUGCGCCCUGAUCAUGACCAUCUCCCUGUCCUUAGUGAAGACCACCCCAUCUCUAAGUUAUCUGGCAAUUGUGGCUGUGUUUGGCUUUGUUGCCAGUUUUGAGAUGGGUCCAGGUCCCAUCCCCUGGUUUAUCGUGGCUGAGCUCUUCUCCCAGGGGCCCCGACCUGCAGCCAUGGCCGUCUCUGGUUUCUCAAACUGGACUGCCAACUUCCUGGUGGGGCUGGGUUUCCCUAGACUGGAGGAAAUUUGUGGCCCUUACGUGUUCAUCAUCUUCAUGGUCCUCCUCAUCCUGUUCUUCAUCUUCACCUACCUACGAGUCCCUGAGACAAAAGGGAGGACCUUUGACGACAUUGCACAGGGAUUCGCCGCCAGGGUGGAAAAACCCUCCCACUCCCCGGUGCCUGAGGCAGUUGUGGUUGAAAACAAAGAGCCUGCACCGAUGUCCCCCACAGAAAAAGUUCCCAUGGUGAAUCUUCCUUCAGAAGCAAAAUGAAAAACUGUAGAAGAUACGAAGGAAGAUUUGGUGCAAAACAAAGCAGACAAACAUGGGCCUUGCACAUAGCUGGUGUAAAAGUUCUAUUAUUAUAUAUACUAUUUUAUAUUUAUAUAUUAAGUUAUAUUGCAUAAGUCAGAAAUAAUGAAAGGUGUGUGUUUGGAAGAAGCCAUUUCAGUGUACUAAUGCAAAAAAAAAAAAGUUUUAGUAUUUUAUAUGUGUGCUUUUAAAGUGCCUUUUUAAAAAAAUGAAAGAGUGUUUUUAAAGAUCCCUCCCAGCUAGAAAUGCUUCAUUAAUGGACUGAAUUCCUCUUUAAUCCUGCUUUAAACACGGUCUACACUUAAAUGAAUUACCAGUAUUUAAGGUUUGUUGACAUUUCCGAUGCCAGCUCCCAUCCUUUUUUACCUUAUAAGAGGAUCAGCAUAUGUUCUGUGUGAGGUCUUCAGCUACCAACAGUGUUAAAAGGUUGCAGGAUUUGGGGGUUUAUGUAUUGAGGUCAAGCUUGAAAAGACGGAUUUGGAGUUCGGUUGUUUGACCCCCCAAAAAGAAAAGAUUGACUUGCUGUCCUCUCUGAAAUGCCUUGUUGCCUGCUUUGAGGCAAAAAAAAAGCACUGAGGGGGGUUUAGCAGCAGUUCCUCUCCACUUCAGGUCCAUAUAGAUUUUGAAUAAAUAUAUUUAUGUAUGUAGAAAACAAAGACUUCCUCUCAUCCAGUAGUAGCACCACAUACCCUGACAGCAGAGGAUGUCUCUGCUUGUCCGCUGUUUGGAUGCGACAGCGUUUGUGCCGAGAAAGAAACAAAACAAGGCGAGUUCUGUAAGCCGGAGCCGUCUGCAUCAAAUGUAAUAUUUGUAUGAGGACGAGAGAGACGUAGUCCAGCACCGCCAAGCCUGAACAAAGCCUCUUUAAGGCUUCUCAAAAAAACAAAAGCUUACCUCUUUAGUUUGCAGAUUUCACUGCAGGGUACAAAGUAGAACGAGAAA